AUGUUGUCGACGCCCCUAGGGCUUGUCAUCCAGGCAUCCAGGCUCCAUUUUCUUUGGUGGAUGUCGGAGACAUAGGGGAAUCUGUAGAUUCAAAUUCUUCAGUACCUUGGCCGUACUCAACACCCAGUAUCAUAUGUCACCGCUGCUCGGUGCGUUGCUUGACUUCAAAUUCUCAUGCACCAUGCUUCCUUUCUUUGUUCAACGUGCAGACACGGCGAAGACUCACGUAACGCCACUGAGCACAUUUGGAUCUCCUCGACCUCGCGAUGGUCACGUGUGCGGAGCGCGUUCAGAGUCCGCGCGGAUACGGUAUAGUGGGCGUUAUAAGAAUGUGCUCUAAUUCAAGGUGGUGCGAGCGGAAAGCCCCCUUCCGCGUCUUUCCUGCUUCACGCAUAUGACCGCGCGAUGGUCUCCUGCGGCAACUAUGGGAUCGUGAACGGCUCGUCGUGCGGCUGCCCGACGGGAUUUGGCAGCUCUGACUGCUCGGAGCCUGCCUGUGGUGGCACGAUAUUCGACGGCGCGAGCCGCUCGCUGGCGUCAGCGUCAUCUGGUGGUUUUCCGAACAUCACGGGGUGUAACUGUGAGAGCGGCUGGUCGGGGACUGGGUGCAACGUUUGCAGGACGGCGAGCGCGUGUCAGUCUGGGUACUCGAAAGCGGGAUACAGCUCGAGUGUGAGCUCGUCGAGCCUCUCGGGCGCGGAGAACGACACGCUGGUGUGCAAUGUUGACCCGAGGGUAUAUGCGGCAGGGGUGAUGAGCUGUGCGGUUGAUAACCCCACGCUGCAAGCAAUCUAUCCCCUAUCUUCGACCAUCAAUAUUCUCCGCACGCUGAACCCCUCGCUCACUCCUGUGCCAAAUGUGACUGGAUUUGGCUCGGCUGGGUCGAUAUAUGCGCAGCUUUUCUACGCCGGUGUUGAACAGUUCUACUGCAAUGCUGACUCGUGCAUUCAAGAUGCAGGGAACUCGACGGACAGCGACUCGGACUGGACAUGCGAGAGCCUGCGGUGUACUUGCAUCCCGAAUACUACAUUCUGUGGAGGCGUGUCUACGACAAACCUCACGUCGAUCAUCGACGACUUGUCGGGCACGCUCACCAUUUCUUGCGAUGCACCGUCCUCAGGGAACAACACCGCUACGUGCGCAUUCAAGCAGGCGACUAUCGAGUCUGUGUUCGGCUCCAACGGCCUCACCCUCACAGGAUGCGAAUUUGGUGAAUGCGUCAGCCAAUACGUGAUUGACGACAUCUCAAACAACUCCACGAGUACAUCCGGCUCUUCUGAUAGUAAAAAAUCGCUCAGCGGAGGCGUCAUCGCGGGGUUAGCCGUCGUGGGCGGACUUAUCCUCCUCGCGCUGCUGUUCCUGGCAUAUGGAUGGUUCUGCCAACGGCGUGCACGCAAAACUGGACCUCACGCUUCCGGCAAGAAUGGCGGCGUUGCCGUCAGCUGGUCCGAUGUCAGCUACUUCGUCCCAGGUAGCGGUGAUUAUUCCUGGUCCUCCCUCGUCAGCCCAUUGAAGAGCAGACGGGCUCGUCGAGACCUGAAUGAUCACAGAGUUGUGCUGGAUAAUGUCAGCGGACUCGUCUCGCCAGGUGAGAUGAUGGCUAUCAUGGGUCCAAGUGGUGCCGGUAAGACAACUUUGAUUGAGAUCCUAGCCGGGAAGAGCAAGUCAGGCCAUGUCACUGGUUCUGUCUCCUUCUCGCCUUCUACGCCCAGAUCUGAGAGCUCUUCUUCCAUACCGUCGCGCAUCGGCUUUGUGCCGCAGCAGGACAUCCUCCCGCCCAUGCUCACCGUGCACGAAGCGAUACUCUUCGCCGCACGCCUGCGCCUCCCGGAAAGUAUUCCAGACUCAGAGAAGAUCGUCCGAGUCGAUGCCGUGCUCUCGCAGCUGGGCAUUUCGCACGUCCGCGACAUUCGCAUUGGCGAUGGGGAGAAACGUGGGAUUAGCGGCGGAGAGAUGCGCAGGGUCAGCAUUGGACUGGAGCUUGUCGCGCGGCCGGACGUGUUGAUCCUGGAUGAGCCGACGAGUGGGCUCGAUUCUGUGUCGGCGAAGAAGGUGGCGGAAGUCUUGAGUACAUUGGCUCACGAUGCGGAGAAUCCUACUGCAGUAAUUGCGUCGAUUCACCAGCCUAGCUCUCAGCUCUUCCAGACAUUCGACAAGAUCCUUCUUCUAUCGCACGGCCGCGCGCUCUACUCCGGUCCAGGCGGCCUUAUACCAUCCCAAUAUUUCUCUGCGCAUGGCAUUCCAUACACCGCAGGCUAUAAUGUCGCUGACUACCUCCUUGAUGUCGCGAGCGACCCUUCCAUCGGGCUGUUUCAGACGUCGAAGAACGAUAAGACGAGCACUGGCGAGAAUGCGGAGAAGCUGUCGAGUAAUGAGAUAGUCGUUCUCGGUGGCGGCGACGAGGCACAGAAGGGCGUAGGAAGCUCGUGGCGGAGCAGAUAUUUCGGCCAGAAGUAUGCGACAACGUUCUUAACGCAGUUUGAGGUGUUGUCUGGCAGAGAGUGGAAGAUUUUGAGAAGGGAUAAGACGUUAUUCCUUACGCAUACUGGUGUAGCGUGCAUCCUUGGCGUGUUUGUUGGCGGUAUGUAUUACAAGACAGGAAUCACCAUUGCUGGCUUUCAGUCUCGCGUGGGAUGUUUGUUUUUCUUGGGUGCCCUCAUUGCAUUCUCGACUCUGAGCGCAUUGUACAACAUUGUCGAGAUUCGCCCGCUUUUCCUAAGAGAACGAUCUGCUUCAUACUAUAGUCCGACUGCAUGGCUUAUGUCGCGGUUCAUUUUCGACGUUAUACCGCUACGUGUGUUGCCUACCAUCAUUGUGUCGACUGUGGCAUAUUGGAUGGUCGGAUUGGCCCCUGAUGCGGCGCACUUCUUCAAGUUCCUAUUCAUCCUCGUUUUGUACACGCUCGUGAUGACGCUCUUUAAUUUCCUUCUUGCCUGUGUCUUCCGCAACGGCGGUAUUGCGAUCCUGCUUAGUGCCCUGCUCGCACUCUAUCAGAUGACAUACGCAGGCUUCUUCGUUCACCUGGAUACUAUCCCUCCCGUACUCCGAUGGCUUCAAUGGCUCUGUCCGCUCAAGUACAACCUCGAAGCACUGUCGGUGAAUGAGGUCGGAUCUGGUCUCAUGAUUGAAGACUCACUGGAAGGUGUUCCUGUGGACAUAUCGGCGAGUUUGAUCAUGGAAGACCUAUUCGGCUUCGGCGAGAACAACUAUUAUCGCGAUGUACUUGUGUUGUUUGCUUUCAUUGCUGGAUUCGGUGUGAUGGUAAUCGGCGCUGUGUGGAUAAAGGUUAGGGAGAGACGAUGAUUUUGUAUUCACGGACGGCUUGUUGUAAGGACCUCAUCAGCUUUUAUGUAUUUCUUGUAGCUAUUGGCUCCAUGUGCUCAGCAGUGAUAUUGUUGCACGAUGCAGGCCUGCGGUUGGACAUCCUGAAC